AGACAGCCAGUAAAACGUCGUGAUAUUAAAUUAUUGUUUAUCAAAAACGCCAUCGUUUUGUCACGGCAAUCCUCGAACGAUGUCGUUUUAAUGGAGCAAGACUGCAAGAGGCUUAGCUGUCGUUUCGAGAACAAAGCCCGUGGCUGUGUCUGUGAGUCACAGCCUGUGACGCAUUACGCCGAUAAAAGAUUUUUAUCUUGUCCGUUUCGUUGUCAUUUCUUUCGUCACUGAUCUGCUUGCAGGCUUGAUCGCGAGGAGAUAACGAAUCUCAGGAGCUCUUAGCUGACAAAUUCACUGCAAAACCACAGUUAGAGAUCGAAUGAGAGUAUGAGACCUUCGGAUCUGAAUCGAGGAACUUAUGGCGGGAAUUCAAGAGCGCCGGUCCGGAAAGUGUUAGGGUUUGAAUUUUUGGCAGGCGAGAGAAUUUGAGCGAAUGAGAGGAAACUCUUAAGAGUCCUGGAUCUUCAACGGGGAAUUUUGGGGAGUGAAAUAGCCUUGUGUGUGGAAUUACGGAUGAAUUCUGCACUGGUUUGAGAGAAGGAUCGGAAAUUUGGGGGGGGAUUGGGAUGAACCUUGAUGUCGGACAGCGAAUUGGAUCGGAACUUCAGAUGAUUUUUGGGAAUGGAGUUUGAGAAAUACAUGCCGCGGGAAAUUAAGGAGAGUGGUGCAAAGUUAGUGCUUUGUAAAUAAAGAGGAUUGCAGGAGAUCGCAUCAAACAAGGAAUGGCAACUCCAGUUGAGCCUCCUAAUGGGAUUAGAUCCCGAGGGAAGCAUUACUAUUCUAUGUGGCAAACCUUGUUUGAAAUUGAUACAAAAUAUGUGCCCAUAAAGCCCGUUGGUCGAGGGGCCUAUGGUGUUGUGUGCUCCUCAAUAAACAAGGCAACUAAUGAGAAAGUUGCAAUUAAGAAGAUACACAAUGCAUUUGAGAACCGCGUUGAUGCACUGAGAACUCUGCGUGAACUGAAGCUUCUUCGCCAUCUUCAACAUGAAAAUGUGAUUGCCUUGAAAGAUGUCAUGAUGCCCAUCCACAGGAGAAGUUUCAAGGACGUCUAUUUAGUUUAUGAACUCAUGGAUACAGACCUACAUCAAAUUAUUAAAUCUUCUCAAGCACUUACGAAUGAUCACUGCCAAUAUUUCCUCUUCCAGUUGCUUCGAGGCCUGAAGUAUCUCCACUCGGCAAACAUCCUACACCGUGACUUGAAGCCUGGUAAUCUCCUCAUCAAUGCAAACUGUGACCUGAAAAUAUGUGAUUUUGGGCUGGCACGGACAAACAGUGGCAAGGGCCAAUUCAUGACUGAAUAUGUGGUCACUCGCUGGUACCGGGCACCGGAGCUCCUCCUUUGUUGUGACAACUAUGGGACCUCCAUUGAUGUGUGGUCAGUUGGAUGCAUCUUUGCUGAGCUUCUUGGCCGAAAACCUCUCUUUCCUGGUACAGAGUGUCUCAACCAGCUCAAACUGAUAGUAAACAUCCUUGGCAGUCAGAAUGAGGAUGAUCUUGAAUUCAUUGACAACCCAAAGGCAAGGAGAUACAUUAAAUCACUACCUUAUUCCCCUGGAACCACCUUUUCCCGGCUUUAUCCCAAUGCGCAUCCACUGGCAAUAGAUCUGCUACAGAAAAUGCUUGUUUUUGACCCUUCAAAGAGGAUUGGUGUUAUUGAGGCACUUCAGCACCCAUACAUGUCCCCGCUCUAUGAUCCCAGCUGCAAUCCUCCUGCCCAAGUCCCUAUUGAUCUUGACAUCGAUGAGGAUUUAGGUGAGGAGAGGAUAAGGGAGAUGAUGUGGAAAGAAAUGCUCCACUACCAUCCAGAAAUUGCUAUUGCCAAUGGUGAGGUUCGUGGGUUGGUGGUGGUGGUGGGAUCGCUAGCUCAGAGCUUUGGAGGAAUCAAGCAGUAAAAGAAAUAGAUUACGGAUAAGCGCUGGGACGUUGAUGGAUGAAUGGAAGCCUGUCCACCCUACUGCUAAAGCACAUCACAUGGACUGCACUGUACCGAAAAAUCAACUUCCCCAGUAACUUUAAUCUGCUUCACCACAGAAAUCAUAUCCACGUCCCUACAUACGUUCAAACAGCUGAUGAAAAAGAAUGAAAGCCUCCAGACGCUUCACAUGGAUUUAAUUUGUGCCGCUUUCUUAAUUUGGAGCCGAAUCUUGAUUGUUAUUGUUGUAUAUGUGCAUAUGAUUAUAUAUAUACUGCAGUGAGUUCAGCUCUGCAGGCUGCUAGUGCAA